UAGAUAGCAUUGCACCUGUAAUGUUGUCGUUCUCGCUGUUUGGUGGUGGUUUCCAAAUUGUUUCAGUGCCGUGUUAGCAAACAAAUUUUUACCGAUCGUGCCAGACGUCUGAUUGUUGUUGUUAUAGUAAUUUAAUAGCAUGGGUCUGUUAUCGCUUCUACGCAAACUGCGACCAAACCCGGACAAGGAAGCGCGUAUUUUGCUGCUUGGGUUGGACAACGCCGGCAAAACAACAAUACUUAAGCAAUUAGCAUCUGAGGAUAUAACAACGGUGACACCAACAGCGGGCUUUAACAUUAAAUCUGUAGCAGCUGAUGGCUUCAAGUUGAAUGUGUGGGAUAUUGGUGGUCAAUGGAAGAUACGACCGUAUUGGAAGAACUAUUUUGCCAAUACGGAUGUUCUGAUCUACGUAAUCGACUGCACGGAUCGUACCCGGCUUUUAGAGGCGGGCAAUGAACUUUUUGAGAUUCUGAUGGACAAUCGCUUAAAGAAGGUUCCACUGCUGGUGUUUGCCAACAAGCAGGACUUGCCUGAAGCCUUGACUGCAUCCGAAGUGGCGGUAUCUUUGAAUCUAACGCGGCUGGAAGAGCGCACAUGGGAAAUCAAGGCCUGUACAGCAGUCGAUGGAACUGGCAUUAAGGAAGGCAUGGACUGGGUCUGCAAAAACAUGAAAAAGUAGUUAUAUAUGUGUGCUAAAAUAUAAAAUCUUUCAAAAAUA